ACUCUGCCUGUGCAUACAUAAAGCCUACUGACUGCAGACAGUCUGCAGAAGAGACCAGACACACUAAGACUAUAGAUAAGGCAGUACAGAGGGAGCCACUGAUUGCAGGCAGUUUAUUUAUACAAAAAGAAGAAGCCAGUGUAGACCCUGCACUUUAAGAACAUGGGCAUUCAUCGAUCCAAGCCUGAAAAACAAGCACAGGUCCUGAUGCUGGGCCUGGACGGAUCAGGAAAGACCACUCUUCUCUACAAACUGAAGUACAACGAGAGCGUGGUGACAGUGCCAACUGUGGGCUUCAACGUGGAGACACUGGAGACAGACAGGAGCAGCCCGAGUCUGACGGUGUGGGACGUGGGGGGCCAGAAGAAGAUGAGGCCUCACUGGAAGCAUCACUAUACGGAUACAGCCGGACUGGUGUUUGUGGUGGACAGCUGGGAUCGAAAGAGGAUGGAAGAGACCCGCAAAGUGCUUCAUCGGGUGCUGAGGUGCGAGAGUCUCAGAGGAGUUCCUCUCGUGGUUCUUGCCAACAAACAGGACCUUCAGGGAGCUCUAAGCCCUGAAGCACUUUGCCUGAUGCUGGACUUGGGAAGAGUAUGCGAGGGCAGAGCCUGGUUCGUCCAGCCCUGCUCAGCCACCACCGGCGCUGGGCUGGAGGAAGGUUUCAGAAGGAUAGUCUAUCUGAUGAAGACUCCACUGAAACAGACUCAAGAGGACAUUAAGGUUAAGAUGAGGUCUAAAGGCUUUAGUAUGACAGCUAUCAAACAAGUGUUGCUCUGCAGCAGAUGAUGGAUGAAGAGUCGUUCUUACAGUAUGUACGAUUCCACAUCAGGCCUCUGUGUUACAGGAUCACAGGAUCAAAUGAAGGGAGACAUGAUCACAGCUUUAAUCUCUGUGGUGGAAAGAUUUUUUACUCAAUCCCGGUGAAGACAAAGUGUCUUUAAACCGUGGUGAUAACCCACGAGGAGGCUGUCAGUAAUCUUCAGUUAUGAGGAUAAAGAAACACGAUUCAGUCUGACAGUGUACACACACACUGUGCAUGAUAAAACGUGUUUGUUUGGUCAAAGAAAUGCUUUCUAUUUGUGCCUCUUUAUUUGUAUUAUUUUAGUAUCACGAUAUUUAAACACAACUUUUUUUUUAUUAUGUUAUGUUCUUAAUAUUUCAUACAUGCUGUAUUUAUUCAUUUGAAAUGCCAAAAUGUUAAAUUAAAUUGUUAAAUUAUUUCAUUCACCAACACAAACAUGACUACAACAUAUGGUACAUGCUGUUACAUCCAUCACACUGAAACAAUUUCAGAUCUGUCAACAAAUGUUUUGAACAUGUUUUGUUGGCACUGUUUCACUGUUGUUUUGUCUUUUUGAUACAAUUAAAUAAAGUUUUU